AUGGAGCGAGAUACCGAUAGCGAAAAUAGACUGACUACGACUACUCCAUGGAUACUUGGUCUUGGAGCGAGCGUCAUUAUCUCUGCUCUAGUGGAGAAGUGGACUGUUUGGGUGUCGAGCAUAGACUUGGGUCUGAAAAUGCAGAAGCAGCUUACCAUGCUUCUCUUUGACAAGAUGCUUCGAGGCAUGUCUACGGAACCGGAAGAAGAAGACGACGAGAAUGAAACAAAACCAACGGACCCAGCAAGUCUCAAUCUCAUCAACCUGGUCGCGGCCGAUACGCAACAAAUCGGCAACUGCAUUCGAGAGGUCUACAGGGGUUAUGAGUCGCUCAUCAAGCUGGCGAUCUCCGGGUUCCUCAUUCAGCAGCUCAUGGGAUGGAGAAGUCUGGUCGCCAGCAUCAUCAUGAUAGCCGCGCUUUUCGGUGCCAACGCGCUCGUUGCACGGCGACUCGCGCAAGGGCAGAGCAAGCUCAUGGCUGACAAGGACCUACGCGUCUCAGCCGUCACGGAAGCUUUGCUAGGAGUCCGUCAGAUCAAGCUUUCUGGAGCGGAGGAUAACUGGGCCACCUUGCGACGCCUCCAGGAAUACCUCUAUGCGGCCGAUCAGUGCUUUCCCUCGACCAACCAUGAUGAGAUCAGCUUUAGCAACGCGACGAUUCGGUGGAAUGGCACAGGGCCGAACGACUUCGCUCUCAAAGACCUGACAUUGUCCUUUCCUCAAGGUGCUAUGAGCGUCAUCGAAGGGCCCAAUCGCUCUGGAAAGAGUCUACUACUGGCCGCUGUUCUUGGGGAGUGCGAGCUCGUCUCGGGAAAUGUCACCAAGCCCAGCCUUGUCGCUCAGACACGAGGUGUGACAGGCGGCCUCUCUUGGCCCUUGAAUGUAGCAAUCGCGUAUGUCGGACAGACGCCGUGGAUUGAAGCUGGCACGAUCAUGCAAAACAUCACAUUCGGGCUUCCGAUGCAAGCAAGGCGAUACAAGAAGGUGCUUUUUGCCUGUGCCCUAGAAACGGAUCUUGUAACUUUCAAGGAUGGCGACUGGACCGAAAUCGGACCGCAUGGUGUCAAUCUCAGUGGUGGCCAGCGCUCGCGUAUCGCGCUUGCGCGUGCCCUCUACUCCUCCGCGGCCACACUAGUACUGGACGACAUCUUCAGCGCUGUCGACGCUCACACUGCGCUUCAUAUCGCAGAGCACGUCUUAAGUGGCUCACUCGUCCAAGGGCGUACCGUCAUCUUGGCUUCGCACCAUCCCUCGCUCUACAUGCCUAGCGCGAACUACAUCGUUUCACUAUCGGGUGAUGGCCAGUACCAGUCCAGAUAUGCGGACGACCGCAUUGAUGAAGAAUCACAUGAUAUAUCCAACGCCAUGACAAAGAUGACCCCAAGGAUUCGUUCUGGAUCAAUUGCCAAGGCCAGGUCGAGACAUUCUCGCAAUCUCUCGACGUUAUCUGUCACAUCUGGGGAGCUGUUCGUGAUUCCAGAUUCCACGGGUGUCAUGACCACCCACCAAUAUGUUGUGGACGAGCAGGAACGUAACUCGGGAUCACAACACAGUACUUUGAUGUUAUAUCUGCGGUAUAUUGGGGGCCUCUGGUACACACUACUGAUUAUACUCAUAUACGCGGGCUAUGUUGGCAUUGUCGUCGGACAGUCAUGGUGGAUCGCUCAUUGGGUACAGCAAGAUGAACGAAGUACUCAAGCCAUGCGUAUUCCCGCAAAUGACAACGGUGCCGGCCUCUUUUGGUACUUGGGUAUUUACGCGGCAUUUGCAAUGGCGACUUGUCUUAUCGGCAUUGCGCAAGAAUACUUGACGUACGCAUCCAUGUUCAAUGCUUCAAGACGGUUGUUCGACAUGCUCCUACACGCUGUCUUACGUGCACCCAUGGACUUCACCGACCGCAACCCUCUAGGCCGGAUCAUGAAUCGUUUCACAAGCGACACGGCGAUUCUUGAUGAGCAAGUGGGGCAAAUCCUCGGCAGCGCUUUGACAAGUGCCCUGAUGCUGAUCUCGAUCUUUGGGGUUGGCAGUAGCGUUAGUUGGUGGACGCUGCCCAUGUCCUUACCGAUGCUUCUCAUGUGCACUUACAGCGCACUUCAGUUCUUUCAAGUGGCACGCAAACUAAAGCAUCUCGACAACAUCAGCCGCAGUCCGGUACUUGAAAGCUUUUGUUCAACCAUGGAUGGCCUGCCCACUAUCCGGUCGAUGCUCCUGCAGGAAAGAUACACCAUCAAGUUCGGAGCUUUGGUCGACGACAACACACGGGCACUUUGGAAUCUUUGGCUUGUGAACGCCUGGUUUGGUUGUCGCAUGGCAGUAAUUGGGUCCGCCUUUGUGACCGCAGCCACAUUGAUCAUCGUCGCGAUGCCUGGCAUCACAGUCGCAAUGACAGGUUUCGCUCUGGGCUUCCUGAUCCGCUACACGGAGACUAUUUCAGCGUUUGUUCGCAACUUCAUCAAUCUCGACCUUGCCCUCACCAGCACAAGCCGCAUUCUCGAGUAUACCAACAUACCAAGCGAGCAUUACAGCUGCGGAAUGUUGCCACCCGCAGCCUGGCCAGAGUCGGGCCGUGUGAAGAUUUCUGAUCUAGUCAUCAGACACGCGCCCCAUCUCCCUCCUGCUCUCAAUCACGUCAGCUUUGAGAUUGGGCCAAACGAGCGGGUUGGGGUUGUCGGGCGCACAGGAGCAGGAAAAUCGACUCUUGCAAUGGCCUUCUUUCGCAUUCUCGAAGCGGAGCAGGGCAGCAUCACGCUUGAUGGCAUCAACAUUGCGGAAGUGGCUCUACAACAGCUGCGCCAGCGUCUCUCCAUCAUAACGCAGGACCCGCAUCUCUUCUUCGGUACUGUCCGCACAAACCUCGAUCCUUUUGACAAGCAUGACGACACGGAUCUCGUCCACGCAUUGGAACAAGUUCAUUGGCCCGGCUGCAGCGAUGGACAUCGCAAACAAACGAAUCGACUAUCUGGUCCUGGUCUGUUCUCAGAUCCCGACGAGGCGGUUUCUAGAAGACGCAUGCGUGUUCUAUCGUUGCUCGAGCAACCAAUCAUGGAUGGCGGAAGCAAUCUCUCCCAAGGCCAGCGCCAACAACUCAGCCUCGCACGCGCUAUCGUUGAUCGCUCAAGGCUUCUCAUCCUAGACGAAGCGACAUCCUCCAUGGAUCCAGUCGUUGAUGCAGCAAUCCAAACGUCGAUACGGGAGCUGUCCGCAUGCGGGCUUGCUUCUAUGCUUUUUAUUGCGCAUCGGAUAGGAACAGUCAUGGAUUUUGACAAGAUCAUCGUGUUGGACAAGGGAGUUGUUGUGGAAGCUGGUAGCCCUAGCGAACUGCUGAAGCUGCCAGGGGGACACUUUAGAGGCCUCGCCGAAGACGCUAGAGAAACGGUCAAGGAAGCCGAGGUGCAAGAGUUGAUUAUUGAGACUGUACACACGAGCGAAAGCGUUUUCAUACAAGAGUCUAUACAGAAUUCCGUUUUGUAA